AUUCUAGCAAUUUCAUCUAUAUACUUCCUCCGUUCUUUUUUUAUCGCAUCACUUACUAGUUUAGGAAGUUUACUUUUUAUUGCAUCAUUUCCUUAUUUAGCAAAUUUUUACCUACAAAAUUACUUUUUUACCCCUCUUACAAUAACAUCAUAACCCCACCUACUAUUCUUCCUCUUACCAAAUUAAACCCCUAUAUACACCACCCAAUUUUUUUUCCCGAUAAAUUACGUUAAAUACAUACUUCAUUAAUCAGUCCACUUUUCGUUUUUUUUUGCACAAAUCUAAGUCUGAAACCCUAGUUCUAGUGUGUUCUUGAGCUUUCUCACUUUCCUCAUUCUCUCUCCUCCCUUCCUGCUUGAACAGCUAUUGUUUCCUCCUUCAUCCAACUCUAUUCCUCUUUCUCUCUCCUCUUGAAAGGGUGUGUGUCCUGCUCCUCUCUGCCUCGUUUUGUUUCCUCUCUUCCUCCUCGUAUAAUGGAUCUAUCUCCCCUGUACGAAGCCCUCUUUGCGAGUGAUGAUGAAAUUGAGCAGGGUUUCAUUGUUGCUCUUGUUGAAGCUUUUGAAGAAUGGGCUUCCUAGCCUAAAUCGUUCUACAUGUCAGGCAAAGGUGGCGACAUUUUCAGCCAACGAACCUUUGCUGCGAUUGGUAAAGUUCUUAGAUUUGUUGAAGAAGAGGAAGGGUUGGUCAAAUCCAACCCUGUUGUGGUUGCCGGAAAAAGUGGGUCUGGUUGUUCUUCGCAAGAACUGACUAAUUAUGAGGGUUUGGUGACUGAUGUGAGUUCAGAUCCUACGAAAGAAGUCGGACCUAUUUGUGAUAUGGGUGGAAGAUCUGGGUUGAGUCGUGCUAACAAACCCAAAUCACAGUCCCAAACCCGACCCAGACCUAACAAUUAUCCUAAGAUGAUUCCUAGGGUUUCUCGAAGACGGUAUGUGAUUGGUGCUAAGAUCACACCAAUUUACGAUGAUGAUGAGAAAUGAGUCCCCCCCACUUGGUGAAUCUGAUGCUGCGCCUGAGAGUAAGCGUAUGCGAUUUGGUGAAGCUUCUAAUUGAUCUGACAUUAAGCGAAUGGAAUUUGCAAUGAGAGUAACAAUUUUUGAUCUAGCCCUUUUUGUUUAAUUUUUUUUUUUUUUUUUGUUAUAUACUGGGUUGAUUGGUGAAGUGUUGUUUGUGUGAUUGCCAAUGGAUGCCAGCAACAAAAGUUGCUGGCCAGGGUGGUAGAUUAAUCUGAAGUUGCUGUUAUGAUUGGAUUAUGUUGAUGUAAAUUUUAUGAUUUGAUUAUGCCGAUCUUGCUAUUAUUCAUUGGAUUAUGGUGAAGUAAAUUUUAUGAUUUGGGAAAUGUAAAGUAUUUCCACUGUUCAGUGUUUGUGAGUGGAAAUAAGUCAGAAAUUGAGUCCCCUUUUUGGGUAAUACACGGAAACAUUUCACCUAAGCUGACAGCAAUUGUAUAAGGUGGUGGGUCUUUUUUUUUUGUUAUAAUACAAGGACACUUUUGUAAUUUUACCACUCCCAAAUUUUGCCGUCAAACCUCCUAUGAUGCGAUAAAUAAAAAACGGAGGAAGUAUAUAUGAAGAAUUUUUACAUAGUCAAUCACGAUUGAUAAAAUAUAUAUGAGUCGUUGCAUUAUUGAGAUUUGAGAAGUUGAGAAAAUACAUCUUUAGCAUAUUCAUGAUUCACAAGAGCUAGGUAGAGAGAACUCAAAAGUCAAACCGGAAAAGAAAAGGGAGAGAGAGAGUACCAAGAAAAAGGAAGAAAUUAAUAUGGCAGAACCCAUUGUUUCUGCUGUUAUGGUGAAACUUUUACAGUUACUAAGUGAAUCGGCUGUGGAAGAGAUUGCCCCUUACUUUGGUGGAAGAGGUCAAAUGAAAAAGCGAAACAGAAUUAUGAGGAUGAUCCAAGCUCGGCUCCUUGAUGCAGAGAGACUACGUGAAGGGACUUAAGCAUGUUGUUCACAGAUUGCAGGACUUGUUCGAAGAGGUAACUAUGGCUGAUAAAGAAAAUGAUCAAAGGCCAGGAGGUAGGCUAACAAAACCAUUUCGAUUCCUGUUUUCAUAAGCGAAUUGCCCAAGAGGCUAAGGCUAUUAUGAACGAGUUAGAUGAUGUAGCAGCAUGUAUGCUUAGCCUCAACCUUAGGGUCCAUGCCAUAGAGAACCAACCUGCUGCUAAUCUUACUAAAACAAGAGAGACACAGUCUUUUGUUUUAAAAGCAGAGGUGAUUGGUCGAUAUGAUGAUAAAAUGGCAAUUAUAGAAAGGAUCAUGAACUCUGAUGAUGUUGAAGGCAAUGUCUCUGUCAUCCCAAUAGUUGGUAUCGGUGGGUUAGGAAAAACAACUCUUGCCCAGCUUGUGUUUAAUGAUGAAAAUGUUCAAAAACAUUUCGAGCUAAAUAGCUGGGCCUGCAUAUCUGAAAUCUCUUGUUUGGAAGAAUUAGUAAGUAAAAUUCUUAAAUCCAUUGUUGAAGAAGAUUAUCGUCAUUUGAGCUUGCAACAGCUUCAAUCUCGUCUUAGGGAAGCUAUUAAUGGGAAGAAAUACUUGUUUGUAUUAGACGAUAUAUGGGAUGAAGACAGAGAAAGAUGGCUUCCUUUGAAAAGUUUUCUGUGUGGCUGUAAACGAGGAAGCACAAUAAUUAUAACCACCAGGUCCAGGGUAGUGGCAGAAAACAUGGGCACAGUUCAACCCUAUGAAUUGGGUGGCUUGCCCGAGGGCCAAUCCUGGAAAUUGUUUAGAAACCUAGCAUUUAAAGAGGGACAAGAGGAAAGGGAUCCACAUUUGACAAUCAUAGGCAAAGAGAUAGUCAAGAAGUGUGCCAAUGUUCCUCUCACAAUAAGGACUAUUGCGGGUCUUCUUUAUUCUCAGGAUACUGUGCAAGAAUGGGAGUCUUUUAGGGACGCAGAACUUAGAACGAUGGAACAACAGGAAAAUAGUGUCACGUCUACUUUGAAGCUGAGCUACAUUCACCUAACACCACAAUUACAACAGUGCUUUGCUUAUUGUAAAUUGUUUCCAAAGGAUUAUGAAAUAAACAAGCAGAACCUGAUAUACUGCUGAAUGGCACAAGGGUUCAUUGAGCCGAUGGAUGGAAGUCUUCAAAAUCCCGAGGAUAUAGGUCAUGGAUACUUCAUGGAACUACUAAGAAGGUGUUUUUUUCCAAGAUGCUAAAAGAAAUGUGUAUGGUGAUAUAAUCUGGUGUAAAAUGCAUGAUUUGAUGCACGACUUAGCUACUAACGUCUAACAUGGCAGGCGAUGAAUAUCUUUUGGCUCAUAGGUCUAUACAUCACAUCAAGGAUGACAUUCGUCAUGUAAGUAUAAUUGCUGAUGCAUCAUGGGCUCCGUCAGGGCUGCUUGCUGCUAGGCAGUUAAGAUCUCUUCUUUUCUUGCCAAGUGAUGCAUAUUGGUUAAGUAUACUAAAAACAAAUAGACUCUUUUCAAGUUUUAGGUACCUACUUCAACUAGUUCCACAUUGAAGAAGUUGGACAUUGAAUCAAUCCAGGGCCUAGAAUCAUUUAUAAUCAACCUUUCUUCACUAGACUCAUUGACAAUAAAAGGUUGUCACCAGUUGAUCAAGCUGAGCACCGAGUCUCCAAAUUCUCUUUGAAAACUUGUAAUCAGUGAAUGUGGAACAUUGAGGGACAUAUCUGGUGCGCUGCAGCAUCUCUCUGUCCUUGAGGAAUUGAAUCUUUGGCGUUGUGAAGAGUUGGAUUUGUGGGAUGGCGAAGAAGAAGAUGAUGGGGGAAGGAAAUCAAGAAACACUAGCAAUACUACAAGACAAGCAGUCGUUCCUUGAGUUUAUACACUCUUUCGAAAUUGGAGUCCCUUCCACAGGACCUUGGCUGCCUCACAACACUGCAGGAACUAUAUAUUGAUGGACUAACUCAGUUGAGAGGCCUGCCUGAGUGCAUUGGCUACCUCGCUCAGCUUCGUCAGUUUUCAGUUCGGCAUUGCCAUAAAUUGAUGGCACUCCCAGAAUCUUUUCAAAACCUCACGGCAUUACAAGAGCUUAAUAUUCGGGAUUGUCCUGAUCUUGACAGGAGGUUAGAGCGGAAAGAUGGUGAUGACUGGCCCCCUAUUCCAUCAACUGUUUCCAUAUCUCGGUAUUAACGUCAGCAUUUCUAGGAUAAAUUGUUGGCUACCUGCACCAUAUCACAGUUUAAGUGGCUCCAUCCCUUGUAAUGCUUUCAUUGUGUGGUGAAUGAUGAUGACUGCGAGAGUUGACAGACCAAUUCCAUAGCUUUUUAAAACUCAGGAGUCAGGAGGGCUUUAGUCUGGAUAUCUGGUUGUGUUCGUUCUACUGCAUCUCAAGAUGUUUCCUUCAUGCUCAGCUUAAUAAGGAGUCAAUAUUCCAAUUUCCAGAUUUGGUUUAUUCAAGUAAUACUUCAAACUCAGUUUUGAUUAUAGCUUAUAUCACAUUAUUAUGACCCAAAUGUGGCCCUUCAAUUAUACAGUAUGAAGAAUUAUCUAUGUCAAUAGUACUUGACCUUGACAAAUCAUCCCUUCCUCUCUUAACCAUUUUCUUUUCCCACUGAAUAAAUAAAAAUUAAACAGAAGAGAAGGCUACAACGAAUGGUACUGGAGUGAGUGAAGAGAAUUUAUAUGCCUGUUCUUCCUUACAUGUAUAGCCACCGGGU